CACAGGCCAGGCACGGCCACACCACCCAAGUUGCCACCGAUACGCCUUGGAUCUUUAUCCGUCUUCCUCUUGCCAUCACUCCUCUCUUCAUCACCCGCUCCCCCCUCGGUCCUCCUACCACCUCUCUCACACCCCCUCCGAUGCAGUCCUCGCGGGGACUCGGCUCGCCGCCCCCAACACCCUCAAGGUUUCCAUGGUUUGGCGCCGGUCUUGCCCUCCUCGCCACCGUCGUGCUUGUCUCGGGCGCACCCCUCGUCCCCGAGCCCCGCGAGUUCGCCAGCACUGCGUUCUACAAGACUCCCCCUCAUGAGGCUGCGGCACGUGCCGCCGACAUCCGCGCACUGUUCGCCGACCCCACGGCACCGUGGAUCCCCGACGCCCGCGAGCGUUCUGGCGGCUGGAUCGCACAUUGGCUCGGCGGAGGAGAGGGCGCCGUCACCGUCUCUGUUGAUGGCAGCAACCUCACGCUUCCCCACCGCCCCGCCGCAUUCCCAGACUGGCUCGGGCCCACCGCUCAGCUGCCCAUCUCCGGCGUCUUGCGCCCCUUUGUCGUUUUGCCCCCACCGAAGCCGCAAAAGGAUGACAAGGGGAAAGAGGCGCCGGAGCGCGCCUGUGUCGCGCCCACAUGGCCGCCCAUUCGCCCCGCAUACCCACUUCCACCCUACACUAUCGCCCUUGUUGAGCGCGGCGGGUGCGAUUUCGCGACCAAGGUCGUCGCCGCGCAGGAGCGAGGCGCCGCUGCUGUGAUUGUUGGUGACUCGGUUGCGCACCCCGGAGAGACCGACGAGGAAGGGCGCGCGAGAGAGAACCUGAUUACUAUGUUUUCACCCGAAGAUACCUCUGGCAUUAUUAUCCCUAGCGUAUUUGUGUCACGCGCAAGUUACCUCAUCCUCCGUGAUCUGUUAUCGAACCACACCGUCAAGGGGAAGCCUGGAAUCUGCGUCGAAGUCGGCGAAGCAUCCGACGAUGGAAGCGCCCUUGGCAGUCUGCUGACUUUCGCCCUCCUCAUGCCAUCCCUGUUCCUCAUCGCCACGGUUGCGGCGCAUCGUGUCCGUGUGGCCCGUCAGCGUGAAGCGAAUCGAGCCCCACCUACCGUUGUCCUUUCUUUGCCGGAGCGUGUGUGGGCACCAGACAUUGUGUGGGAGAAGGACGACUCCGAGUCGGACAAGGACGAGGGGUCGCAACAAGGGGACGGCGGCAUUGCAAAACCACAGUUGACAGCGACAAAUGACUCGGCCGAGACGACAACCGAUGGUGCUCCCGAGACAACCGAUCCUUCGGAAACUCUCGCUGCACAGGGUGACUCGGAUGUUACGACGCGUUCCGCGGAGGCCGACGACGAGGCGGAUGCGGACGCGACUGCGCCUUCACAUACACAACCACCUCGUCGCCGGGGCAAGGAGCGUCGCAAGAGCAAGCGUUACUACUCCAAGGACGAAUGUGCCAUCUGCAUGGACAACUUCCACAAGGGAGAGAUCGUGCGCAUCCUUCCUUGCGGACAUGUUUUCCACAAGGACGAGUGUGACGAGUGGCUCCUCAAGUGGAGAAAGCUGUGUCCUACCUGCCGUGCGGACGUCACGAUUCCAACGACGGAUCUAUCGGGUUCGACUACAAUCACUCCGGUCGUCGACCGGAACGCGACGCCCGAGGACGGGGCAGGGGCAGGGUAUGGUGCGGUGGAAGACGAUGGCGAGGCAGGUCCAAGGGCGCGAGGCUCGUGGGCUGCGCGCGCGGGGGCCCGUGUCAGUUCUAUCUGGGGCUCGCUACGUGCCGCGGUCGCACGCCCUGCCCUCGAGACUGAAGGAGAGCGCACGCCGCUCAUGCCGACCAAUAUUGUGUGAGGAGGAGACUUGUGUUGAGAGAUGGACAGAGCAGAGCCGCACGGCCGAUUGAAUCUUGAGCUGUGUGGGAAUUUCUUCCCUUAAUCCACCAUCAUGCGGUGUGGUCGGCUCCGCUCUACGUGUUGUAUGCCUGAUGCCACGCCCCGAUCACG